CUAGGCUGCGGCGGCAUGGCCCGCGCGCCCGGCGCGACCUCUGCGGAUUGCAUCGGUGUGUGGCGGCGGGGCAUGCCCAGGGCACCGGGCACGGCCUUCAAUGGGCGAGGACACGGACACGCGGAAAAUUAACCACAGCUUCCUGCGGGACCACAGCUAUGUGACUGAAGCCGAUAUCAUCUCUACCGUUGAGUUCAACCACACCGGAGAGCUGCUGGCCACAGGCGACAAGGGUGGCCGGGUUGUCAUCUUCCAGCGAGAGCCAGAGAGUAAAAAUGCGCCGCACAGCCAGGGCGAGUACGACGUCUACAGCACCUUCCAGAGCCACGAGCCGGAGUUCGACUAUCUCAAGAGUCUGGAGAUAGAGGAGAAGAUCAACAAGAUCAAGUGGCUUCCGCAGCAGAAUGCCGCCCACUCGCUGCUGUCCACCAACGAUAAAACUAUCAAAUUAUGGAAGAUUACGGAGCGAGAUAAGAGGCCCGAGGGAUAUAACCUGAAAGAUGAAGAAGGGAAGCUUAAAGACCUGUCCACGGUGACGUCACUCCAGGUGCCUGUGCUGAAGCCCAUGGAUCUGAUGGUGGAGGUGAGCCCACGGAGGGUCUUCGCCAAUGGCCACACCUACCAUAUCAACUCCAUCUCCGUCAACAGCGACUGCGAGACGUACAUGUCGGCGGACGACCUGCGCAUAAACCUCUGGCACUUGGCCAUCACCGAUAGGAGCUUCAACAUCGUGGACAUCAAGCCGGCCAACAUGGAGGACCUCACGGAGGUGAUCACGGCGUCCGAGUUCCACCCCCACCACUGCAACCUCUUCGUCUACAGCAGCAGCAAGGGCUCCCUGCGUCUCUGCGACAUGCGUGCGGCCGCCCUGUGUGACAAGCACUCCAAACUGUUCGAAGAGCCCGAGGACCCCAGCAACCGCUCCUUCUUCUCCGAAAUCAUCUCCUCCGUGUCGGACGUGAAGUUCAGCCGCAGUGGCCGGUACAUGCUUACUCGGGAUUACCUCACGGUCAAAGUCUGGGACCUGAACAUGGAGGCGAGGCCCGUCGAGACCUACCAGGAAAUGGCGGAGGCCAGAGAUGGGGCAGGGGUGACACAGCCCCCCUGCCGCCCCCGUUCAGGUGCAGGAGCCCCCGCUGGCACCAGCCAGGAGGUGACCGUCCCGGAGACCCACCUGGAGCCGUUCCCCGGCGAGGAGCACAGGGUCUGGCUGAGCCGCCGGGUCCAGGGCGGGGACCCCCUAGAGCUGCUGCUGCCACCCUGGCGCCCCUCCCCCCGGCAGUGCUCUCCAUCAGGGACCAGCAUGGCGGCCACAGAGGGCUUGGCACGGACCAGCCUCCUGAUAUCGGUGGGGAGCCUAUGUGCCCUGUUGUCCAGACAGCAGCAGCGAGAUGCUGGGUGUCCGAUGGCCCUCGUGGUGGCUCCCGCCCAAGGCCGGCAGGAGCAGCAGCCUGGCGUAGGGGACAGGGCCGGACAGCCCCGGGUUCUGGUCCCCACUCCUCCACUCUCCAGUUGUGUGCCUGAAUUAGACGCCGAGCCCCCGAGCCUGCUCACCUGGAGUGUGACACGUUUCUUCCCCGCCCCUCCUCCUUCCGCCAGCGUCAUCAUGACCGGGGCCUACAACAACUUCUUCCGCAUGUUUGACCGGAACACCAAACGCGACGUGACCCUGGAGGCCUCGAGGGAGAGCAGCAAGCCGCGGGCCGUGCUCAAGCCCAGGCGCGUGUGCGUGGGCGGCAAGCGCCGGCGGGACGACAUCAGCGUGGACAGCCUGGACUUCACCAAGAAGAUCCUGCACACGGCCUGGCACCCGGCCGAGAACAUCAUCGCCAUCGCGGCCACCAACAACCUGUACAUCUUCCAGGACAAGGUCAACUCCGAGAUGCACUAGGUGUGCGCGCAGAGCCCUGUCGGGGACGCGCUUGUCCUGCGCACGGCCGAGGCCGGGAGCGCGCCCCUCCCGCCCAGUCCCCAGGCUGGAACGCCGCUGGCCACUGUCUGUUUGAAAACCGGAGGAAGAAGGGUUCAGAGCCACAGACCGUAAUGUGGACGUGACUGUCGACUUGGGGUUCAGGCCCUUCGUUCAUUAACUGCGUGCCGCCUGCUCCGCUCUUAGGACCUUGUCAUUUCCAGGGUCCCUUUUCACUCCUUCCGGCAGCAACUCGCAGGGGAAAGCGGGCGCCCGGGGAGCCUCCCGGGCCCCACAUCUUAAGGGACAGACAGUGAACUCGAACGAUUCUUUUGAUUACAAAAGGAGCAGUUUCCGCUGUCUCAGAGCUGAGGGUUCGUUCCCUUUGCUUUUC